AGCCAAGCGCUCUGGAUGCCCCGGCCGACCCCCGCCAUGCCGCGCCCCCGGGACCUGGAGGUGGCGGCGGUUCCUGGCGUCCUCUACAGCUACUGCAGCCUCCCUCGCACCCUGCCCGCCCGCCCCAAGUACCGACCGCCGCUGGACGCCGCUGAGUCAGGAAAGGAGCCUGUUCGUUACACCAACCUCAUGUACGACCCGAGAGUGGUGCGCGGCAACACUUACGCCCUUGAAGUCAUACCUGUGAUUACCCCACCCACUCCCUUUGAGAUUCAAAGGCAGAAAGAAGCAUGGAAAAGAGCACUGGCUAGAAAGCGUGCAAAAGAGCAAAUGCGACCAAAAACACCUGAGCCUGUGGAAGGCAGAGAGCAUGUUCAGGUGCAAACAGAACUGUAUUUGGAAGAGAUUAGUGACCGGGUAAUAGAGGUUGAUGUAGAGUGUCAAACAGAUGCAUUUUUGGACAGACCACCCAGUCCAUUCUUCAUACCAGCCAAAACUGGAAAAGAUGUGGCCACGCAAUUAUCAGGAGAGUUGUUUGACUUUGACGUUGAAGUCAAGCCGAUCCUGGAAGUGCUGAUUGGGAAAACGGUUGAGCAAGCUUUGCUGGAAGUCAUGGAGGAGGAAGAGCUGGCCCAGCUGUGGGCACAUCAGCGUGCCUAUGCAGAGCUGCGCAACGCAGAGCUUGCUGAAGUACAGCGCCUGGAAGAGCAGGACAGGCGGUACAGAGAGGAGAAGGAACGUCGCAGACGCCAGCACAUGCAAAUGCUGAAGAAACAGAAAGAGACUGCAGAGAAAAUUGCAGCUCAGGCAUUCGCUAAGCAUUACUUGGCUGAUCUUAUUCCCUCGGUCUUCAACAAUCUUCGUGAGGGUGGAUUUUUUUAUGACCCUGUAGAAAGGGAUAUUGAGACAGAAUUCCUUCCAUGGUUGAUGACAGAAGUAGAAGAAGAACUAGAGGGGAAGGUUCUGGCAAGGAUAAUGCUUGACUCCUUGGUUCGUACAGUUGUUGAAAACCGCUUAGAGGCAUUUAGCCGUAAACCUCCAUCUGAUCAGCCCCAGGCACCUGCUGAAGAGCCUCAGCCACCAGAAGAGCCCAAGCCAACACAUGCAGAACCCCAGACAUCUGGUGAGACAGUUGCUACUGACCAACCAGUCACAGAGAAAGAGGAGACUGACCAACCUGUUACUGUGUAAUAGUCUUCUCAACGUAUGUCUUUCCAGUUAGAAUUGGAAUAAGUAAGCACAGAGGAUUUGGAAACUGAGUAACAAGCAGGCAAGUCAUCAAGUAAAAGGAGAUGAAUAUCUUAAAAGAAAUGAAUUCUUAUUGACUUACAAGUAUUGUGCGCUAGCCAUGCUCAAGGAUGAACCUAAGCAACAGUAGAGGAUUAAAGAAAGUUUACCAUAGGCUGAUAUUGCUGAUUUCAGACUGUGAGAAUCAACAGAGAUUCCUAGGCAAUAAAUGUCAGUGACAUUCUAUCCCAUUCUACACAAUACAAUCCAUAAAAAACCUGGGACAUUUACAGUUGAAAAGUAAUGCUGUCCCACACCCUGUGCCAGAAGGUCAUGAGAAGGACAUAGAAAGCAUCCUAGUUACCUUUGCAAAUGCUUUGAUAACAUUGUCAGAAAACAGUUUCCAUACUUACACUGUUUUGAAAAGUAGUUACUACAGCACUUCUAUUUCUUUUCACUCAUGUUAGUAUCUCUUUUCCUGACAAACUUGGAUGGGAAUCUCAGCAGGCAAUAGAGCAAAAGCUGCUGUUUCUGAAGCUCUUUAGGUUCAGCAUUGUCUACCACUGGGAGUUUCUGCCAGUGCAAAAUCCUCCUCAGUUUUCUGACUCCCAGAGCAUUCAUGAGGGGCUGGAGCCACACAUGCAGUUUUCUUUGUAAUCAUUCUUUCCUGCUGGUUCACUGCAAUGAUAUCAUACAUGACUGACAAAAUGCACCUGCACUGCCAUGUGUACCUGUCCAUGAGCCAGCUCCUCAAGUGGGGCAUUUCCUCUCAUAAAAGUACAGCUAUGCUCCAUUGCAGCAACACUGUUUCCUUGAUAGCUGUGGCUGUGGUGCAAGUCCUGCCUUGCCCAGACUGCUUUGUGCUACCUCCUCUCUGCAGGUUAGAGAUACAUGCUAACCCAGCAGGCCACAUCCCAGCCUGAGAGUGGAAUGUCAGGCAUGACACCUGAAGAGGAUGUGGACCUGCUCCACAUCUCACACUCUCAAAAGGGAUGCCUAGACUUUUCACUGGAUCACUUAUACAUGUGGUUUCAACGGCAGACCCUGCUUUCCCUCCAUCCUGGGCUAGGACAUCCACUGAUAACAAGGGCAGCUAUUGCUUAUGUGAAAAGGCUCCACUGGAAGGUGUCAGGUAUUGACCUCUCUCUGUAGGCAGCUGAAAAAUAGAAGUAAUGAAAUGUAAGCACCAACAAAUACUCAGGGGUUUGAUGUGAUAUGAAUAUGUUAAAACUAAAUGUCUGGAGUUGCACAGUACAGGUUGUAGACUAACACACCCAAGGAUGCUUUUCAAAACUGGAAUAUUCCUGUGUAAACUCUUCCUCUGUUUGAUAAGUUGAUAGUAUUUCAACAGGGUUUUUUUCCAUUUAUGAUUGAUUCCUCAAAGCAUCCAGCAAAAUGUAUUAUGUGUAUGGCAUUAAGGUAGCUGGUGCUCACUACAUCUAUCUGUAAGUUUGUAAGAAGAAUUUAUUUUUAUGCACAUGACCAGAACUGAAGGCUUGAAAUGAAACUGGUUUAGGCGUUGCAGUCAGUGGGAAGUUUACCUCAGUUUUAAGUGGGACACAGAUUUUGCAUUGCUUUUUCUCUCCUCGAUCAUGGAGACUCCUGUCAUGACUUCAUAUAAAUCAGGUAAUUGACAUCAGGCUAAUUUUAUCUAAAGAAAUAAAAAACGUUUUGUGGCAUGAUUAUGACAGUUGUAAAUGUUACAGCUCAUUUUUGGAACACUACAUGGCAGGUUUAAGGAUUCCUCAUUACUGAAUGAUUUUUUUGUCAUGUAUUAACAGGAGAUUAACCUAGAGGACUGCUGUGGAUCAUUCCUGAAAAGAUACAAACAAAUGCCGACUUGAAUAUUUGGGUUUGGAAUGUUCCAAGAGGAACCUGGAAUAUUUUAAUUUUUGUCACUCCUGCUUUGUGCUUGAUUGCUGGAAAAUUUACUUUAAGCGUUGAAUUAUUUUAUUUAAACAGGUUGUGACACUAACAUGUAUUCAUAAAUUAUCAUAAAAAAUAA